AUCAAUCAUCCUCCCUCUCUAGCUAUAGCACAAUGGAGUUGCAUGCAUGUUUUGGUUUUCUGAAAAUUCUUAGAGAAUCCAGCAAAAUGUUUUUCCAAAAUGUGAAGCUAAUGGCCUCCAUCACCAUACUCAUCCUUCUCCUCAACUCAUUGCUCUUGAUCUCCAACAUCUUCUCCAUCAAAGAAGUUGUCGGCGAUUUUGCCACCAAGGCAAUGUUUUUGCAGAUUACUACUCCCGGUACCUCUGACUACUACAAACUUAUCAUUGCUUUGAAAGAAGACGCCAGAUUCCUUGCUAGGGUGGAAUGGAUUUUCUUUCUUGCCAUCUACGUCACCUCCUUAUUCUCUGCUGCAACCGCAAUCUCAGCAUCAGGGGCAACAUACAGAGGAAAAGACAUGUCCAUCAAAGAUUUGCUUCUGGGAGUGGUGAAAUCAUGGAAAAGGCCUUCUAUUACUUUUCUUUACAUAACUCUGCUUCAGUCAGGUUACCUUUUCUUUACAUGGGCAACUCUGUGUAUCUUCAUGCUGAUGUUUGUAGGUGAAGUUUUCUUGCCUGCAAUUUCCUGGAUAAUAAUUAUUCUAGCCACGGUUUUCCUCAGUUACUUAGCCAUUGUUUGGACCUUAGCAUUUGUGGUUUCUGUCAUGGAAGAAAGAUGUGGAAUCGAUGCACUAGGAAAGGCUGGAGAGCUAGUGAAGGGCUUGGAGAUGAGUGGAUUUUUUCUGAAUCUUGUUUUUGGAGUAGUAGCUUCUGUUGUUUAUCAGGGUUUUAGGUUGAUCAAUAUUAAUCAAUCAGCAGUAAUAAGACUGCUUAUUGUGUUGCUUGUAUCCAAUUCUCUCUGCCUGCUCAAGGUGUUUGAAUUGAUGGCAUUCACUGUCUUGUACUACGAGUGCAAGAAGAACAAGGGAGAAGAGACUGAAAUUCAUGGGAGCCUGGAAUACACUAAAAUACCUGCCACAGCACCAAUUAAUGCAGAUAUGCCAUAAGAGGGGAAAGAUCUAUGUUCUUUGCUGUACGUGUAAUAAGGCUUGGUUUGUUGUUCUUUUUUCUUCUUUUGUUUUUGCUUGGCAUAAUAUGUGUUAAUGGAAAAUAAUUUGUAAUGCUCAAACACAAAUUUUCUUCUUGA